CAGAGGUGACGUCAUGCUGGGGCUGGGCUGGGAGACGGAAGAGCCGCAGGAAAAAAAAAAAAAAAAGAAGAAACAUGCGACUAGAUGGCUGUUUAAAAGAGACGCUGCACUUCAGCCACGACGUCCUCCACUGAGACUCAGCUCUCCAACAGAGACCAACUGCCUUCCAUCACAUUGGGACUUUAUGGGGUGGUGGGGAAGGCCUAGACCCCCACCUUGAUCCCAAACCCUGCCAAUGGACAAACAGGGAGCCAUGAGUACACCAGGCAAGGUCAGCGGGCUCAAACCCCCGAGCAAAAUAGUCCGUCCAUCUGGGGUGCCGUCAAAGACGUCUCCAUCCUCCGGCGCUCCAAAGUCAGUUCCUCCAGAGAAGUCCCCCGGCAGAGUGACCUCCCCGACCCAGGAUGGAAGCGCGGACUUCCAGGUCAGCGAGAGGGUCUGGGUCAACGGCAACAAGCCCGGCCAAGUGCAGUUCAUCGGGGGCACGCAGUUCGCUCCCGGGCAGUGGGCGGGCAUCGUGCUGGACGAGCCUAUCGGGAAGAACGACGGGUCGGUGGCGGGCGUCCGGUACUUCCAGUGUGAGGACGGGAAGGGGAUAUUCACGCGGCCUUCAAAGCUGUCCAAGACUGCACUGCCAGAGACGGAGGCGAACGGGGGGCAGGCCAGUCCUGCACCAGGAGCCCCUGCAACAAGCGAGCCUGCACCUGCUGGCUCUGCCUCAACUGCUCAGGGCACCGGCAUUAAGACGAGUGCUGCACUUAACCGAAUGCUCACAUCCAGCGAGUCGGUGUCUAACGUCUCAGACACAGAGUCCAUGAAGAAGAGGAGGGAGCUGAGGCUGGGAGACCGCGUGCUGGUUGGUGGUAACAAGGCAGGAGUGGUGCGGUUUCUGGGAGAGACAGACUUUGCAAAGGGAGGCUGGUGUGGAGUGGAACUGGAUGAACCACUUGGGAAGAAUGAUGGAGCCGUCGCAGGGACCAGAUACUUCCAGUGCAUGUCCCGGUACGGUCUGUUCGCUCCGGCCCACAAGGUGACGCGCAUCGGCUUCCCGUGCACCACGCCGACUAAGGCGAAGAGCUCGCGGAGGAUGUCCGCCCUCAAGAGGAGCCCCAGUGCUUCCUCCAUCAGCUCGCUCAGCUCCGCCACCUCCUCCAUCAGCGGCAAACCCAGCCGAGCAGGACUGCUGACGGAGACGUCUGCUCGCUACGCCCGUAAGAUCUCCGGCACCACGGCGCUGCAGGAGGCCCUGAAGGAGAAGCAGCAGCACAUCGAGCAGCUGCUCGCGGAGCAAGACCUGGAGAGGUGCGCGGUGGCCAAGGCUACGAGCCACGCGGGAGAGGUGCAGCAGGAGAUGGUUGUCCUGAGGAAAGGACGGGAUCAGUAUGCGGUGGAGAUGGAGGCAAAGUUGGAUCAGCUGCGUUCGCUGGUGGAGGCAGCUGAUCGGGACAAAGUGGAGCUGCUCAACCAGCUGGAGGAGGAGAAACGGAAAGUGGAAGAUCUGCAGUUUAGUGUGGAGGAGGCCUGCAUCACCAGAGGAGACCUGGAGGUAACAUUUGGUUAUAUAAUCUGGUUCUCAAUUAAACAUUAUUCUCUCACUCACUCCAGCUAUCUAUCUCCCUCCUGUCAGGCUGGAUUUAUUUAUGAAAUUCAUCUCCUCAGCUGUGUGGUGAGCGGUGCAGGUAUGGACGUGGCCGCUCUGCAUCAGGGCUACUCCAGUAACAUCUACUCGCCUCACUACCAGCUUGAGGCUUUAAAACAGCAGAACUCCAAACACCAGGAGGAGCUCAGUCUGUCGAAGGAGCGGAGCGGCUCAGAAAACCAGCGAAUCGGAGUCCUCUGCAAGGAAAUUGAGGAGCUGAAGCUGGCCUCCCAGAAGUCUCUUGACGAGCACAAUGAGGAGCGCAACAGUCAGCAGCCAGACAUGAAGACCAGAGAAACCGUCUCCAAUCAGGGGACGGAGGGGGAGGUAAACUUCCAGAAAUCCACCGGAGUCUUAAUCUCGGACAAAGACCAGGAGCUGGAGACUCUGAGGAACGAGAUCGCCGUGCUGCGAGGAGAGAACGCCGUGGCCAAGACGCUGCAGGCGGCCGUGGAGACGUUGGAGGGAGACAAAGCUAAGCUGCGGAGCCGCGUUCACGGUCUAGAGCAAAGGCUCAUGGGAACGCAGGUGUCGGAGGGAGAAGACAUGGAGGCUCCGCCCUCAGGAGAUGCAGCUCUGGAGCAGCUGAGGCUGGAGAAGGAGUUCGCUGAGGGGCAGAUCAACUUCCUGAACAGCGUGAUCGUGGACCUGCAGCGUAAGAACGAGGAGCUGAAGAUCAAACUGAAGAAGCUGGCGCUGGCUGAGUUCAACGGCAACGACGGGCCGGACGGGUUCGUGGACGGCGUGUCAAAGCAAAAGGAGAAGAAGGCGACUCCGCGUCUGUUCUGCGAUAUCUGCGACUGCUUCGACCUCCACGACACGGAGGACUGUCCCACUCAGGCCCAGAGCCCCGACUCGGUACCUCACACCGCCUAUCACGGCAACCCGGCCAACGAGAGGCCCUACUGCGACAUCUGCGAGGCCUUCGGUCACGCCACGGAGUCCUGCAACGACGACCAGACCUUCUAGUAGCUCCAAAAUCAUAAACUCUUCACCUGCAUCUUAACUCCUCCCCUUCUCCUCUCAAACACAACUCGCCUCUUACCAGCCCGACUCGCCUCCCUCCAGAUCUUCUCCAUAUUGUAUUUUUAUACUGUAUUUAUGCAUAUCACCGGUAGCCACCGUCCCGUCUAACUCCUUUACCCUGCAGCUCUUUUCUCUAAAGAUAAACUCAAAUGCAGAACGCUCGUCCAAAUAUGCUGCUUCGGUGCAAUAUUGAUGUUUAUAACGAAAGAAGGAAUACGUCCUCUGCACUCGUCGUUUUUUUAUCGUUCGUUUAUAAAAAUAACAAUAAGUGUUUUAAUUUGUUAUUUAGCGGGAAAAAAAUGAUGCAACUUAAUGAAGCGCCUCUUCGACUCGACAUUCCUGUCUUCUGUAUCGCAUUCCUCCGGUCGGUACGGCUGCAGACCAAUCAGAGAGACACUGCCAUGUCAGACGUUCUACUGUUUAAUGUUGUAAAGUUAAAGUCUUAAAGUCUUUCCUCCGGUCUGUCGACCUGCGACGGAGUGUUAGGGCCGCAGGACUUCAAGACGUAAGAGGCAACAUUUUCAGAGUAAAACUUUUGACAAUUUAGAGGAAAAGAGGUGAAAUAAAUCAAGAAAUAAAAGUUAGAUUUCCACCAACAACAAAUUCAUAAAUCACAGUAAAUGUUUAAUACAGUAUAUAGUACUGUAGAAAUCAAAAAAGUUAAACAAUAAUUCCAGUUUUUCCUGAACACGAGUAUUUCUGUAGCACUGUUAAAUGUGCAUGUUUUAUAAUUUCCUGACAGUCUAUAAAUACUGUACAGAUACUAUUUACAUACUAUAUUUAAUUAUAUUAUAAUUAGUCCAACUUUUCUCUAAA